AUGGCAGAGAGAUUUAUGGAACAGAAAGCCCAAGACAUGUUUAGGAUUGUGUAUGCUUGUGGUGCCUGUAAGAUUCAACGAACAAAAUGUGGAGAUAAUUGCGUGCUUGCUCCCUAUUUCCCAUCAGACGAUCCUCACAAAUUCUUACAAGUGAACAAAUUAUUUGGAACAAGCAGGAUUGUCAAAAUCCUUCAGGAUAUUCCGGUUGAAAAGAGAGAAGAAGGUGUAAAAAGCAUGGUAUAUGAAGCGAGUGCGAGAGUGCAUGAUCCAACCUACGGCUGCACUGGUGAAGUUCAUCGACUGCAGAAACGCGUCUUACGACUGCAAUCACAAGUGGAAGUAACAGAAGCAGAUCUCCAGAAUGUACAGGCUGAUCUUGUGUUUCUGGCGACUGGAUAUUAUAAUGCGGGUGAAAUAAAAAACAAUGAUGAGUCUAUAGUUUUAGAAGAUGAUGAAGAUCUGUUUCCAUUCUAA